AUGCAGCAAGGGGCCACGACAUGCACAGAGGACCGCAUCCAGCACGCCCUGGAGCGCUGCUUGCAUGGGCUCAGCCUCAGCCGCCGCUCCACCUCCUGGUCAGCUGGGUUGUGUCUGAACUGCUGGAGCCUGCAGGAGCUGGUGAGCAGGGACCCGGGCCACUUCCUUAUCCUCCUGGAGCAGAUCCUGCAGAAGACCCGAGAGGUCCAAGAGAAGGGCACCUAUGACCUCCUGGCCCCUCUGGCCCUGCUGUUCUACUCCACUCUCCUCUGUACGCCACACUUCCCGCCAGACUCAGACCUCCUUCUGAAAGCAUCCAGAACCUACCACCGAUUCCUGACCUGGCCCGUUCCUUACUGCAGCAUCUGCCAGGAACUGCUCACCUUCAUCGAUGCUGAACUGAAGGCCCCAGGAAUCUCCUACCAGCGACUGGUGAGGGCCGAGCAGGGCCUGUCCACUAGGAGUCACCGCAGCUCCACUGUCACUGUGCUCUUGCUGAACCCAUUGGAGGUGCAGGCCGAGUUCCUCGCCGUGGCCAACCAGCUGAGCACGCCCGGGCCCUCACCGCACAGCACCUACACCACCCUGCUCCUGCACGCCUUCCAGGCCACCUUUGGGCCCCACUGCGACCUGCCGGGUUUGCACUGCAGGCUGCAGUCCAAGACCCUGGCCGAGCUUGAGGACAUCUUCACGGAGACGGCAGAGGCCCAGGAACUGGCAUCUGGCAUCGGGGAUGCUGCCGAGGCCCGCCAGUGGCUCAGGACCAAGCUGCAGGCAGUGGGAGAGAAAGCUGGCUUCCCUGGUGUCCUAGACACCGCCAAACCCGGCAAGCUGCGCACCAUCCCCAUGCCCGUGGCCAGGUGCUACACCUACAGCUGGAACCAGGACAGCUUCGACAUCCUGCAGGAAAUCCUGCUGAAGGAACAAGAGCUGCUCCAACCGGGCAUCCUAGGGGACGACGAGGAUGAGGACGGGGAGGAGGAGGAUGAGGAUGAGGACGAGGAGGAGGAGGACUUGGACAGCGACAGGCACUGUGCCGAGAGGGACUCUCUGCUCUCCACCAGCUCCGCAGCCUCCCGCGACUCCACCCUGUCCCUUGCCUCGUCCCAGGCCUCAGGACCCACCCUCCACCGCCAGCUGCUGACCUCCUUCGUGUCGGGCCUGUCGGACGGCAUGGACAGUGGCUAUGUGGAGGAUAGUGAGGAGAGCUCCUUCGAGAGGCCCAAAAGGCCUGGCAGCCAAGAACGCCGGGGCCACCGCAGGUCCGGACAGAAGUUCAACAGGAUCUAUAAACUCUUCAAGAGCACCAGCCAGCUCGUGCUUCGGAGGGACUCCCGGACCCUGGAGGGCUGCCCGGACAGCACCCUGCCCCUGCGGCGGGCCGGCAGCCUCUGCAGCCCCGUCAGCCCCCUGGACGGCCCGAGGCCCGCCUCCCGGGCCCAGCGCUCACGCUCCCUGCCACAGGCAAAGCUCAGCCCCCCGCUGCCCGGCUGGCUCCUGGCCCCCGCCUCCCGCCACCAGCGCCGCCGCCCCUUCCUGAGCGGGGACGAGGACCCCAAGGCCUCCACGUUGCGAGUCGUGGUCUUCGGCUCCGAUCGGAUCUCGGGGAAGGUGGCCCGAGCAUACAGCAAACUGCGGCGGCUGGAGAGCAACCGUCCGCUCCUCACACGGUUCUUCAAGCUCCAAUUCUUCUACGUGCCCGUGAAGCGGAGCCAAGGAACUGGUGGCUGCACCAGCCCAGCUUCUCCAUGCCAGACGUCCUCCCUCCCCGCAGACUCCCCGAGGCACCCCAGCCCUGCAGAGCUGGGCGCAGCCCCCUGGGGCGAGAGCACCAACGACAUCUCCCACUACCUCGGCAUGCUCGACCCCUGGUAUGAGCGCAACGUGCUGGGCCUCAUGCACCUGCCCCCCGAAGUCCUGUGCCAGCAGUCUCUGAAGGCGGAGUCCCGGCCCCUGGAGGGCUCCCCUGCCCAGCUGCCCAUCCUGGCCGACAUGCUGCUCUAUUACUGCCGCUUCGCUGCCCGCCCGGUGCUGCUACAGGUCUAUCAGACCGAGCUGACCUUCAUCACCGGGGAGAAGAUGACAGAGAUCUUCAUCCACUCCCUGGAGCUGGGUCACUCUGCUGCCACGCGUGCCAUCAAGGCUUCAGGUCCUGGCAGCAAGCGGCUGGGCAUUGACGGUGACCGGGAGGCCGUCCCGCUAACACUACAGAUUAUCUACAGCAAGGGGGCCAUCAGCGGACGCAGUCGCUGGAGCAACAUGGAGAAGGUCUGCACCUCUGUCAACCUCAGCAAGGCCUGCCGGCAGCAGGAGGAGUUAGACUCUAGCACAGAGGCCCUGACGCUGAACCUGACAGAAGUGGUGAAAAGGCAGAACCCUAAAUCUAAGAAGGGCUUCAACCAGAUUACCACGUCGCAGGUCAAAGUGGACAAGGUGCAGAUCAUCGGCUCUAACAGCUGCCCCUUUGCUGUGUGCCUGGACCAGGACGAGCGGAAGAUCCUGCAGAGUGUGGUCAGGUGCGAGGUCUCGCCCUGCUACAAGCCUGAGAAGAGCAACCUCUGCCCCCAGCCCCAGAAGCCCUCCCACCCACCGGCGCAGGGGCAGACCACGCCUGACCUCUGCUCCCUGCUCUGUCUGCCCAUCAUGACCUUCAGCGGAGCUCUGCCCUAG